GCUCCGAGCUUGAAAAAGGAUUGAUCAAGAUGGAAAUGGAGUCAUGUGUUCCUCCAGGAUUUAGAUUUCAUCCAACAGAGGAAGAACUUGUUGGAUACUACCUCAAGAGAAAGAUUAACUCACUCAAGAUUGAUCUUGAUGUCAUCACUGAUAUUGAUCUUUAUAGAAUGGAGCCAUGGGACAUCCAAGAUAGGUGUAAACUGGGAUAUGAAGAACAAAGUGAAUGGUAUUUUUUCAGUCACAAGGACAGGAAAUAUCCUACUGGAACUCGAACGAAUCGCGCGACAGGGACCGGAUUCUGGAAGGCAACAGGAAGAGAUAAAGCAGUGUUAUCAAAGGAGAAGAUAAUAGGGAUGAGAAAAACACUUGUUUUCUAUAGAGGAAGAGCUCCUAAUGGAAGGAAAAGUGAUUGGAUCAUGCAUGAAUAUCGUCUACAAACUUCUCAGCAUGGACCUCCUCAGGAAGAAGGAUGGGUAGUAUGUAGGGCAUUCAAGAAGCCAAGUCCAUCAAACAACAAUAUUGCUUACAAUUAUUAUAUGAGAGGAGCCAACACAAGUUACUCAACUAGACCACCUCCCUCCCUUUCACAAAUGCCAAGUUAUAAUAUUAAUAUUAAUCCUCUAAACCAAACAUCAAAUUUCAAUCAUCAAUUCCCUUUUAAUCAUCAAAUCUCAAGCCAAAAUAAUAUUGGCUAUGAAAACAAUCAACUAGUAAUGCAUGAACUCCCACAACUUGAUAGCCCUACCAUUUCAACAAGUUUGGCUACAAAUGAUCAUCAAGGCCAAAAUUCCAUGAACAACAACAACAAUGAAGAUCAAUUUUGUGAUGAGUGGAAUAUAGAUGACAAGUUAUUUGCGCCACAAGUCAUCAUGAAUAUGGAGGCACCAUCUUCUUCUUCUUAUUCUUACCCUAAUUUUCCGUUAGACGACGAUGAUCAAAAUCAUAUGAGCCAAUUGCUACAAUGUUACCCUGAUUUAUAG